AUGAGGCGGGAAGAGGAGGAUGGGGAGGGAAUCGGGAUGAAGGCCAAAGGGGAGUUAGAGAUGAAGGAGGAGGCAGAGGUCGGUGUGACAGGAGAGCUGGUCAGUCCUUUUGUGAGUGCCAUGCCCACCCCCAUGCCCCACAACAAGGGGACCCGAUUCUCGGAGGCGUGGGAGUAUUUCCACCUCGCCCCUGCUCGUGCAGGGCACCACCCCAACCAAUAUGCCACCUGCCGCCUGUGUGGCAGGCAGGUGAGCCGUGGCCCUGGGGUCAAUGUGGGCACCACGGCCCUGUGGAAACACCUCAAGAGCAUGCACAGAGAAGAGCUGGAGAAGAGUGGCCACGGCCAGGCGGGCCCACGCCCGGACCUCAGGCCCCAGGGCCCCCCACUCCCUGUGGGCAUCGAGGGUGACUGGGGCAGGCUCCUGGAGCAGGUGGGCGCCCUGGCUUUGUGGGCUAGCCAGCGGGAAAAGGAGGUGCUCAGGAGGGAGAGGGCUGUGGAAUGGCGGGAGAGGGCAGUGGAAAGGCGAGAGCGGGCGCUGGAGGAGGUAGAGAGGGCCAUCCUGGAGAUGAGGUGGAAGGUGAGGGCUGAGAAGGAGGCCAGCCAGCAAGGAGGGGAAGGCCUGCCGGCCGUGGCACAUCCCUUCCAUUUUGUUUAA